ACCUGUCAAUUUAAUUUCCAAAACACGUCAACAAACUGUUGUUCAUUUUGUGGUAUUAUUUUUAUAAUAAAUUUUAUUUUAUUAAAUAAAACAUGAUCCGAUAUCGGGGUAAGAAAAAAGUGAUCGAUAAAGUGAAGGAGCUGGACGCAUUUUCCAAAGUUCCUGAAGAAUAUGUAGACAGUACGCCGGUCGGCGGCACCUUUUCUGUGAUAACGUUUUUUAUUAUAAUGUGGCUCGUUUAUAGCGAAGUUACGUACUUUUUAGAUAGCAAUUUAGUAUUUAAAUUCGUGCCAGACACGGAUAUGGACGAAAAGUUGCGAAUUAACAUAGAUAUCACAGUCGCAAUGCCGUGUUCAAAUAUAGGCGCUGAUAUAUUGGAUUCUACGUCACAAAGCGUGUUUGGGUUCGGAGAAUUGCAGGAAGAGGAUACUUGGUGGGAGCUAACUCAACAACAACAGGACGCUUUCGAUGCCGUUAAGUAUAUAAACUCCUAUCUAAGAGAGGAGUACCAUUCUAUUUGGCAAUUACUUUGGAAAAAAGGUCACGGGUCAGUGAGAGCGACGAUACCACCGAGAAACUCUAAACCUAACCGUAAACCAGAUGCAUGUAGGCUACAUGGAGUGCUAACACUCAAUAAAGUCGCCGGAAACUUCCACAUAACUCUCGGAAAGAGCUUGCAUCUACCGCAUGGCCAUAUACAUUUGAACAUGCUCUUCGAAGAUGUCCCACAAAACUUCAGCCACAGAAUUAACAGGCUCAGUUUUGGUAGUCCUGCAAACGGUAUAAUAUACCCUCUGGAAGGCGAUGAAAAAAUUGCUAAAGAAGAGAACAUGUUGUACCAAUACUUCAUAGAAGUUGUUCCUACUGACGUCGAUACUACAUUUGAGUCUAUAAAAACUUUCCAGUACUCUGUAAAAGAGCUCGAAAGAACCGUCAGUCAUCAGAAAGGGUCUCAUGGUGUUCCAGGUUUAUUUUUCAAAUACGACAUGGCAGCAUUAAAAGUAAAGGUUUACCAGGAAAGGGAAAACUUACUACAGUUCAUGUUACGUCUAUUUUCUAUUAUCGGUGGUAUUUAUGUAAUUGUUAGCUUUAUUAACACCAUAGUAUUAACUGUACGGACAAAAUUUUCACCUGCACCUGUUCCACAUAGAUAUAAGAAGUCAGAAAAUGACACACCUGGACCUGUUCUAACCAAUCCUUUGUUAACACAGUCCAAUUUGAAUGUGCCUUUAGAUUUAUUAAAUCAAUGACAGAAAAGUAUUGGUUAUAGCUACUGAGAGAACUGGCCAUAGUACCUAAUGGCAAUAUUUUUUACUGGGCACUAUACAUAUUUUAUCAUAUUGAAAACUCAUCUUUACUACAGGUUGUAUUGAGUUAUUACAUUAAUAAUGAGGGUAGACAGUGCAUUUUACACCAUUAGCUAAUGACUGCACAAUUAGUAAUGUGCUAAAUACAUGCAGUGAUUAAUUUAUUACCAUUAUUCAAAGUAUAGGAAGACUUUAAAAAUCUGUAUCUGUAUUCCAAUUUUUUUUUUCAAGAAUAUUAGCCAUAUCUUUUAAAUAUGACCAACAUUCUCAUUCCCCUCCAACUAGUUGAGAAAUACUGUAUUAGGAGUGGGUACGACAAUAUAUCAACAGAGCAGGAAUGGAACCACCACCCCUCGAUGAUGAGUGUAACCUCUUAUUGUUGAGCUAUUGAUACUUUUUUGCAUUCAGAUAAUUAAAGUAUUCUUUUGAAUGUAUAGAAGAUAUUCUAUGAAUAUUUUUUUGUGUAACUAAAUGAAAUUGUAAAAGUUACUAAUCUAAGGGCCUCAGUUAAAAACAGUUCUCUUUAAAAAAAAACCAAGUAAAGAACAUCCGAAUACCAAAAUUUGUACCCUUUAUGGGUGUGUGGAGUUUUUAUUAUAUUAUUUAGACAUAGCUUGUUUCACUGCCUAUCUGGCCUCUUUUGAUUUGUUGUGGGCCCUGGCAUUUUGUCAGCUGUAAUAAUAAAUAUAAACCCUACUGAUUGCAUGAGAUCAGUAAAAAUAUAUAUAGUAUAUAGUAUAUAUACACCACUAUUCUUGAGUCUUAAUUGCAUGUAACCACUUCACAAACCUAUAAAGAGUGAGUUUAGGUAGUUUUGAUAACAUAAUAUCAUGAUCAUGAAAGACAGACCUUAUGAAUUAUGUGUAUAUUCAUGAUCAGAAAAGACAGCCUUUAUGAAUUAUGUUUAUAUUCAAGAUCAUGCAAGACAGCCCUUGUGAAUUAUGUGUAUAUUCAUGAUCAUGAAAGACAACCCUUAUGAAUUAUGUGUAUAUUCAUGAUCAUGAAAGACAACCCUUAUGAAUUAUGUGUAUAUUCAUGAUCAUGAAAGACAGCCCUUAUGAAUUAUGCGUUCGUUCAUGAUCAUGAAAGACAACCCUUAUAACUUAUGUCUAUAUUCAUGAUCAUAAAAGACAACCCUUAUGAAUUAUGUGUAUAUUCAUGAUCAUGAAAAACAGCCCUUAUGAAUUAGGUGUAUAUUCAUGAUCAUGAAAAACAGCCCUUAUGAAUUAUGAGUAUAUUAGUAACUAAGCCAAAAUAGAUGUAAGAACUAUAAUUUGUCGAAUAUUAUCUGUAUGUAAAUUGGGAUUUGUGUAAAAAAACGUUACAACUUUUAUAUUUUUAUAAUUGAUAAUAAUUUAUUUGAAAUUAUGACACAAUUAUUAAGAUGA